UCAUCCUGCCAUCCAUCGCUCGAGCGUCGUCUCCCUCCAACCGCCAAGCUGGCCAACAUGAGGAGCUCCGGAGAGGUGCUGAGAGAAGGCGAGCUGGAGAAGCGAAGCGACAGCCUGUUCCAGGUGUGGAAGAAGAAGCGCGGCGUGCUCACCACCGACCGCCUGAGGCUGUUCCCCACCGGCCCGGGCGCGCGCCCCAAGGAGCUCCGUUUCCACUCCAUCCUCAAGGUGGACUGCGUGGAGCGCACCGGCAAGUACGUCUACUUCACCAUCGUCACCACCGACCGCAAGGAGAUCGACUUCCGCUGCGCGGGCGAGAGCUACUGGAACGCGUCCAUCACACUGGCGCUCAUCGACUUUCAGAACCGCCGCGCCCUGCAGGACUUCCGCAGCCGCCGCGAGCGCGCUGCGGCCGCGGCCGCCGCUGCUGCUGCGGCCGCCGCCGCAGACGCCGCCGCGGAGCAGGAGCCCGAGACCGAGCCGGCCGGCCAGUCCUAAGCCCCGCCGCGGACCAUGCGGGCCGCACCGUCGGGAGCCCAGAAGAUGCCCAGGGAGACGGGAGCCCAGAAGAUGCCCAGGGAGACGGGAGCCCUGACAGCACCACUUGCUGACUAUGGCAAGCAUCUAGCCGGUGCUGCUCCACUUCACACACAAUGACCUGUCCAAGCUGAUUCACUGAGCCUCACCGAGCCCCCUGCGUGGGCUAUUAGUUGUCUAUGUAUUUUUGUCAAUGGUACCCACAUAUCCAAACCAUCCGUCUUAACAUUUGUAUUUCACCACCAUUCCAAAUAAAUAGCUCGAUUCUUCUCUUUCCUAUCA